AUGCAUAUUCACGGAGCCGCGAACGGCCGCAAAGUAGCACAGCACAAGAACAAGAAGUGGGUCUCCGGUCAAGCGGAAACGCGCAACGGACGGGGUGCCGACGCGGAGCGGUGGGACCGAGGGGGGCAUCGACGCGGUGGUGACAGAAGUGGUCGAGGCGGCUCUCAGGCCCCCCUUGAAAACGGAACGCACCUCACUGUCCCCGACAACAACGAAGACGAUCUAAUCACGACGGACGACGAUGAUGCGAGUGCGGUGGAGGUGGUAGAUCCCGGGCUAGACGAACCAUUUGAAGAGCCAGAUGAGGACCCGGAGGCGGUAUACCAACAGCUCGUGAAAGCGCGGGAAGUGGAGCGGCAGAAGGCCAUUCGAGAAGGCAAGAUGGACGACCCGAACGUCCGGAAGAGACUGGAGGACGCCAUUACGAUGGUCGGGACGUGCAUGGACAUGUGUCCACGCUUCGAGCGCUACCGGAGGAUGCGGGAACACAAUCUGGACAAGUGGGAAGUUAUACCUGGUACGAAGCGCGUCGACCAUAGACGCGCCGUCAAGAUUUACGAACGUGCCGCUGGCGACAAAGUCAUCCCGUCGGAUUUGCGUCCUCCACCAGUGCUGAAGAAGACUCUCGACUACCUCUUCCACGAGCUGCUCGCGACAGAAGGCUUCGAGCGUACUCACGAUUUCAUUCGUGAUCGUUCUCGCGCGGUGCGAAACGACUUUACGGUCCAACAUGAGAUUGGCCCAAUUGCAAUCGAAUGUCACGAGCGAUGCGCGCGCUUUCAUAUCAUGGCUUUACACAUGGCUCGCAAGCUCCCGGUGUACGACCAAGCUAUGGAAAUCAUGCAGCUCCAGAACAGUAUGUACAGUCUCUGUAGGGGCUACCAAUCCCCGGCGGAGCUCGAGAUGAGGGUGUACCGACGCCUAACCUUGAUCCGUGCUUUCGAUCGAGACGUCAUUCCGGACUGGGUCAACCAGCAGCCCAUCUUCCAGCUCGCCACCAAGUUCCGCGACCGGGUCCACGCGCUCAGCAAGCCGAUCACGAAAGCAUCCAAGCUCAUCGUGGACGGCCAAGCCAUGGAGAUCUUUGGGCAGCUCAUCACAACUCUUCGGGAGCAAGAUAGCAGCGCUGUCAUGAUGUUUCUCGUUGCAUGCAUCAUGCAAGGCCUCUUCGGUGAAGACACCGUGGACAGCAUCGACGGCCUACGUGGAGACAUGAGCGUCCCCGACAUCAUCGACGGAGUCUAUUCCACUUCCCCCCAACAAUACGCAGACGAAGAAGAGACCACAGAAGAAGCAGUAGAGACCGUCAGCCCAUCCGGCAUGACCGAGGUGCUCAGCGAGACCGAAGCGGACACGAUGGCCCCUCCCGUGGGGACCCAGGUCGUCGAACCGAGCGCGACCGAGUGGCUGGCGAACAAUUUCAACAACCCCCCUCCGUAUACACAACCUUCCGCAUCCGCCUUCGGCGGACUCGGAUCAACAACCUCCGCCUUUGGGUUCGACAGUGCAUCAACUUCAGCUUUUGGCAAUCUCUCCACCGCGAAGGCGUCACCGUUCGGUGGUGCGACGUUUGGCCCUACCUCAAGCUCGUCCACAUCGGCAUUCAACCCCAACGUUCCCCACGCGUUUGGCAAUGGAUCGUCGGCGUUCUCCGCACCACCCACAACCUCUACGCCCCCUUCCAAACAUCCCGUCACGUCUCAGCCCACCUGGCCAGCGGAUGCGCCGAUGUCGAACGGCUUCACUGGAAUGCUUCCACCUCCAAGUACCUCAAUUCCCUUUUCCCUUCUAAACCCUACGGCUCCUUCGUUCGCCUCUACUCAACCUUCAACCGCCUCACAUUCAUCACCGUUCGGCCUUACCAGUGCGCCCACUGCACCGCCCGCUGUACACAACACCCGCUCCCCCGUUAUCCCUACGCUAGAAUCCCCGCCCGACACGAUCCCCGAGAAAGAGCCCACUCCCCCCACCGCUCCGCCCGAAACACCCUCCCGCAUCGUUGAACGUCGACAGACUCUAUGGGAUCUGCCUGGGUCGUCCUCUCCAUUCAACCGCCUCAAGGAAGACCGGAUGACAUAUACGCCCCAACCGGGGACGACUGUCGAACCUCGAACUCCCAUCUCGCCAACCGCAGGACCGCCUUCCUUGGGGCGCCAACCUCCUAUGGAGCUGCCUCCCACUCCCACCGCCAGGUGGUUCGAUCCUCCUGCAUCGACCUCACUCCCGGAAUCACUGUCCAAGAAACGAUCUCUUCUACACUUUCCUUCCAUCACCAUUCCCUCCCCCACCCCCGCCGACGUCCUCAGCCCCAUCCACAUCAACACCCCCAGCCCAGAGAAGCUCCCGUCCAAGACGAACGGCAAGUCUUCGCUCUUUCAAUCUUUCGUAGCCGACGAGCCAGUGGCGUCUACCUCGACCACGACAAUCGCCCCUCAGCCCUCCCCUGCACCGACCACUCCGACCACUCCGAUCCAGACCCCGACAUCCGCGACCUCGAGCAAGAAGCCGAUCUUGGGGAUCAAGACCAACGGCAUCUCCCAGCCCCUUCUACCAUCCGCCCCUUCUGCUAAAGGCAAGGAGAAAGAGACCCAGGCGGACGUCGUGCCCGUCUCACUGGACGCCGAGCGCGAGGCGCGCGCGUUGGCAUUCGCGCGCACGAGCGGCGUUGUGCGCGACUGCUGGGCGCGCUGGCGCAAGGCGCGUGCCUGGGCGGGCGCGUGCCGACGGAGCGAGGCGUACAGCGUGAAGCUGAGCGCGUCCACGUCGGGGCCGGUGCGCGAGCGGCGGCCACUGUCCGCAAUGCAGAAGCGGCGGCGGGAGUCGGCGCCGAUCGAGGCGCGGCGGCACAAGCGGCGCAAAUCGAACCAGUUCGUCCAGCCUCUGACGGACGCGGAGCUCGCGAAGCGGUUGCAGAAGAACUACGCGGAGAACGAGAAGCGGUGGGCGCACGGGUCAUUCCGCGAGACGAUCGUCGACACACUCAAGUCCCGCCUGUCGGCCGGGGUUGAGCUCGCAGAGUGGACGGUCUGGCUCGCGAUCAACGCGGAGAACGACAACACUGCGAUCUGGUUGCAGACCAAGUUCGACGUGCCGGAUUCGGGCAGUUGGAUGUCGGAACACGUGUUCACGAUCCCCGCGUUCACGAAGAUGGACAGCGCGGGGUCCCCUGGUUUGAUCGUUUUUGAGCGGACGCCGCUCGAGGAUGUGGAUGAUGUGAUCGAGAGAAAAUACCGUGUUCUAGACGAUUGCGCCCGAUUGCGGGACAUCCUCGCAACGUUGCCGCCUAAGGACGAUCGGAGGUAUGUGCCCUGCCUGAUGGUCAUCGGAUGGUCGGACAAGGUGGAUGGGGAGCAGACGAAGGACUUCGUGGAUAUGACCCACGAGCUCGUCCGAGAUGGUGUGCUGAGGUAUAUCUCAUAUUUUGAUGUAUCUGCAACGGCCAAGGAGGUGGAUUAUAAGUUCGCCGAGGCGAUGCAGAAGACUCCUCUAGACACCGAAGACCAGCUAUCGGUGUCAUUCGGCUGGGAAGACGUCCAGUCUAUUUUCGUUGCUCCUGUAGAGCUUGCGAUUGCGGAUAUGCUCGAUUGCUGUUGGCGGGAUGAUGAGCUGAAUUGGGCUCGUUAUGAUCUGGCGUCGAGCGGCAUUGAAGAUGUUCUGAAUAUCGCCCUCCGUGCCAUUCUGGGUCUCUUCAACGACACUCCUAGUCACGUCUCUGUUGAGAUCCCUGAGGACCUUCCCCAACCAGCUGCACUUGGUCGAGCAUACGCUACGAAGGACUACAUCGAGGCCUUAUCGAAGCUAUUAACAUCGUCGGCACGGGAACUGGUCGGUGCCCGACUGCCCCUCUCUCUACCCAGCGACAUCAUCGACUUCGCGGCGUCGAAGCUGGAGAAAGUCAUCAACGCCCACGCCGAGAAGCUCCGCCAGUUGGUCGCCGACCAGAGCGCCGCCGCGGUCGCGGCCGCCACCCAGAAGUCCUGGGAGCCCUUGCCCAAGCGGCGCUCGUCCAACGAGGCCCUCCGCUAUCUUGGCGCGUUCGAGCCCUCGUCCAAGCGCGCGCGGCUAACGCCAGACGAAGACGCGACGGAUGCCAACACGUCGCAGUCGAUCUCGCCGCCGCCGAGCACGACGGCGAUGACGGAGCUGAGCGAGAAGCCGAUCGUGACGGUCGCGAUGCUGCGCGAGCUCACGCGGAGCGUGAUGAAGACGUACAAGUAG